CCGGUUAGGGGUAUACUGGUUGGAUUUCAGGAUUUGUUGCAUUGUAGACUUGUAGUGGGAGAUCGGAUAAAACCCUUGCACGAGAUUAGGGUUUUUGCAAGUUGCAGCAGAAAUGGGGAAGAAGAAAGGAACCAAAGCAAACCCAUCUUCUACGGAUGAUUUCCUGCAAACCCUAGAGGACUUCACCAGCAAAGAGAAUUGGGAUAAAUUCUUCACUCUUCGAGGCAAUGAUGAUUCGUUCGAGUGGUACGCUGAGUGGCCUCAGCUCCGUGACUCGCUUAUCUCUCUCCUCCGGGAUUCUUCUUCUUCUUCUUCUUCCACUUCUUCUCCUUCUUCUUCUGCGACUUCGCCUCAGAUUCUGGUUCCAGGAUGCGGAAACUCCCGCCUCUCCGAGCACUUGUACGACGCUGGGUUUCGUGACAUCACCAAUGUCGACUUCUCUAAGGUUGUCAUCUCCGACAUGCUUCGUCGUAACAUUCGAACACGGCCCGAAAUGCGUUGGCGCGUUGCGGACAUAACAAAUUUGCAGUUGGCAGAUGAUUCCUUUGAUGCGGUUCUUGAUAAAGGUGCUCUGGAUGCUUUGAUGGAGCCUGACGUCGGCACGAAGCUCGGCAAUCAGUACUUAUCAGAGGUUAAGCGGGUUUUGAAACCCGGGGGCAAGUUUGUUUGUCUGACUCUGGCGGAGUCUCAUGUUUUAGGAUUGCUGUUUUCAAGGUUUCGUUUUGGCUGGACGAUGACUGUUCAUUCCAUCCCUCAAAAACGCUCAAACCUUAAGACAUAUAUGGUGGUUGCCGAAAAAGAGAAUUCCAUUGCGUUGCAUGAGAUAACGUCUUCCUUUGAUCUCUUAUCUCUCGAUUGCAAUGAUAGUCAGGCCUCUGGUAUGCGUGAAGCCCUUGAGAGUGAGAACCUGAUACGUAGGGAGUGCAACAAUGGCUCUGAUAUAUUGUAUUCUGAUGAGGAUUUGAAACUUGGUAUUAAAGGAGAUUUGGCAGAGCUCAGCGAAGGGCGGCGGAUAAAAUUUACUUUGGGCGGUCAGGGCAGCGAGUUCUGCUAUAGGGCUGUGCUUCUUGAUGCUCAAAAGCAGUCUGAGCAGUUCUUGUAUCAUUGUGGUGUUUUUCUUGUUCCCAAGGCUCGUGCUCAUGAAUGGCUGUUCUGUUCAGACGAAGGACAAUGGCAGGUUGUCGAGAGCUCGAAGGCUGCUCGCCUCAUAAUGGUCUUUCUUGACAGUAGUCAUGGUAGUGCCAGCACGGAGGAUAUCCAAAAAGAUUUGUCUCCAAUGGUGAAACACCUAGCUCCUAGAAAUGAUGAUGAUGAAUCUCGCAUUCCGUAUAUGAUGGCAAGUGAUGGGAUCAAAAAGCGUAAUACUGUCCACCAGGUUACUUCUCCCAUGACUGGGCCUGUGGUCAUUGAAGAUGUGGUUUAUGAAAGUACUGCUAACAGUGCCAAUUGUUCAGCUUCACUUGGAGAUUUGCCAUUUCGACGCCUUGUAUUCAAAAGAACCGAGAGUUUGAUACAGUCUGAAGCCUUGCUGGUAGGGGAUAGCGAUAACGUUGACCAAUCUAAGAAUGCUUCCCAAUCGAAACGAAAGGGGAAUAGAAAACGAAUUCAAGAAUCAAAUGUCUGCUUGAGGGUUUCUCACGAUUAUUUGGCCAGCUCUUACCACGCUGGGAUUAUUUCUGGAUUCACAUUGAUAUCUUCCUACCUGAAGAAUGUUGAAUCUAGUGGACAGAUGGUUCAUGUUGUUAUAAUUGGUCUUGGAGCAGGUUUGCUCCCCAUGUUCCUCCAAAGAUGCUUACCUUUUUUCAAAGUUGAGGCUGUGGAGCUAGAUCCUGUGAUGCUUAAAGUUGCCAGGGAUUACUUCGGCUUCUCGCAAAAUGAUCGCUUAAAGGUGCAUAUCGCUGAUGGGAUCAAAUUCAUCCAAGACAUCGCAAACUCUGAAUCUUCUCCCGAAAAAGCCUCUACUGUUGCCUCCCAGACACAGGCGACUUGCUCAAAUGGGAAUUCUGCGGUUUCUCAUGUGGGCAGUGGCAAUACUACUUGUGCCGACAUUCUGAUUAUAGAUGUUGAUUCAGCAGAUUCAAGCUGUGGUUUAUCAUGCCCUGCUGCUGAUUUUGUCGAAGAGACAUUUCUUCUUUCUGUUAAGAACGCCCUCAUGCCACACGGUCUAUUCAUCGUAAAUUUAGUCUCACGGUCACAAGCUGUUAAAGAGAUGGUUGUGUCAAGGAUGAAAAAGGUUUUCGACCAUCUGUUUUGCAUUGAACUGGAGGAUGAAGACGUGAACAUGGUUCUGUUCGGGCUUUGCUCGGAAUCUGGAUUCAACGAGAGCGACAUUGAUGAAUCUGCAGAGGUACUCAAGGGAUUGCUCGAGUGCCAGAGACAGGAAGUGAAACAGAGCAUCAUAGAUGCUGCCAAGAAACUCAAAUGCUUCCAGUGAAGGUAGUAACUAGUUUAGCUUCACACAAAGAAAAUGCCAUCUUUCAUUUAUGGUGGAAACGUUGUUGUGUUGGAAAGAUCUUCCUCGUCGGAUUCCGACAUUUUUUUUCUCGUUAGGGUUAUAUCAUAUGUAUGUUGUACUCAAACCAUUGAAAUGAUAGUAUCUUGUUAUUCAGUUAAA